GCAAAGGGUGCCCCAAAAACACAUAAACAAGUGUUAAGCCACCAGGCAGCAGCACGCCGCUGAUGACUAAUGACUGAUGUGAAAGAAAGCAGACAAACAAAACUCCCAUCAAUUCCAACCAUUUCUAAUUCCCAUCUUCUUCCUCCCCGAUUCUGACUUGAUGGUUUCAUCGAGAUCGCUUUUGUCUCUGUAGAGUGGGUGUGCAGAGAGAUUUUAUAGAGCUAUGUACGUGAGCCGCCCGUUGGUCCAUCCGGUGGAGGCCCCGCCCACGACUGACGUGGCGGCCCAGAACGCCCUCAGAGUGAGGAUGAAGGACGUCCAAGGCAUGCCUGGCACCCCCGGUGGGUUCGCCCUGCGUCUCUGCCAGCUCUGCUUCGCCGCAAUCUCUCUCUCCGUCAUGGCCACCACCUCCGAUUUUCCCACCGUCACCGCCUUCUGCUACCUUGUUGCUGCUGUUAGCUUGCAAUGUGUGUGGAGUUUGUCAAUGGCGAUUGUUGAUUUGUAUGCUCUUUUGGUGAAGCGGAGUUUGCGCAAUUGCAAGGCUGUGUGUUUCUUCACCAUUGGAGAUGGGAUCACAUCCACUCUUACAUUUGCUGCUGCAUGUGCUUCUGCUGGAAUCACUGUCCUCAUUGCCAAUGAUCUUAACAAAUGUGGUUUUAACCAUUGCAAAAGGUUUGAGACUGCCACAGCUAUGGCUUUUAUCAGUUGGUUUGCUGUGUCACCAACUUUUCUUUUAAACUUUUGGUCACUGGCUUCACGGUAAAAUAUGGCUGGGGAGGAAUAUUCAUGAGUGAUCAGAGCCUUCUCAUUCCCAACUGUUGGCUUCUUUGGUGCGAAGAGAUCUCUGCCACAGCUAUGGCUGUUCUUCUACAGGUUAUUAUGGUUUCCCUUGUUGUGUAUAUAGAAACAUUUUGGCAGAGUUUUAUUGAAAUGACAAUAACUUUAGGGGUGUGCUAUCCACACAUCUUUUUUUUACUUCUUACACACCUUUUGUUAAUUUCUAUCUGUUGAUCUUUUUCAAUUCAUCCUGAUCCGACGGUCAAAAAUUAGAAGGGUGUGUGAGAAGUAAAAAAGGGUGUGUGGAUAUCACACUCCUAACUUUAACAUGGAGAUGUGUAUCAGAUUUUGUUUUUGUUAUGAAAUCUUUUUCUGCAUUGUCAACCGGUUUCUUGCAAUGUAUUAUACUAUUGUAUGAUUUCUAAAAGCCUAUAAAACGUACAAUUCUUUCA